AUUCAUAAAUACUCAGAUCCCCUUCUCUCUUUCCCACUCCGAUUCAAAACCAAACCCUAAUUUCCCAAAUUUCUCAAAUCUUCUUCGUUUCUCCAAUUUUCAUCUCUUGAAAAUGUCAGGUCGUGGUAAGGGAGGUAAGGGGCUAGGAAAGGGAGGUGCAAAAAGGCACAGAAAAGUUCUCCGCGACAACAUCCAGGGUAUCACUAAGCCUGCCAUUCGUCGAUUGGCGAGAAGAGGUGGUGUGAAGAGGAUCAGUGGUUUGAUCUAUGAAGAAACUAGAGGUGUCUUGAAGAUCUUCUUGGAGAAUGUCAUCCGUGAUGCGGUCACAUACACUGAGCACGCUAGGAGGAAGACAGUUACCGCGAUGGAUGUUGUCUAUGCUUUGAAGAGGCAGGGAAGAACCCUCUAUGGAUUCGGAGGUUGAUGAAGAAGAAGAAGAGAAGAAGAAGUAGCACUCUUUUGUGUAUUAUUGUUUAGCUAAGUAUUUGGAACAUGUUAUUGUUCCUUAUAAUAUAAUGAUUUAAUAUGCUUAUUUUGAUUUUUACUUGGUUCGGUUGCUUUGUAAGUUUUAACAAGAUUGAAAUCUAAUGAAGUGACUGUUUAUGGUGAA